AAAAAAAGAGAGAUUUUUCUGGCAUAUUCCUUUCCUUAACUCUUUUUCUCUGAUGUUCAAGCCUCUCAUUCGUUCGAGUUUACCAUUAGUAAAAGCAGUAGGUUCAAAAACCUCAAGAAGACAACUGAAACUUCUAUUGUCUACACCUGCUGUCUGCCGCACAGCAACUGCCGCAACAAGUUUUUCUGUUGGGAAAAACAUUCUGUGGAGCAGGAGUUAUUCAACUGAAGCUGCGGAGGCUGCUGCCUCCAAUACUGUUGAUAACAAAGAUGAACAAGAAGUCAUUACUGGAACAGAGGAGGUUCAUGAAUUCAAAACAGAAACGAAACGCUUGUUAGAUAUCGUUGCCAAUUCGCUUUAUUCUGAAAAGGAGAUAUUUGUUCGUGAACUCAUUUCAAACGCUGCAGAUGCACUCGAAAAGCUUCGUCAAGUACAAAACGUUCAAUCCGAUAUCAAUACCGGAAAACCGCUUGAAAUUCGAAUUGAAGUCAAUAAAGAAAAGAAUCAGUUUAUUAUUCAGGAUUUCGGCAUAGGUAUGACUCUCGAUGAAUUGAACGAGAAUUUGGGUACCAUUGCUAGUUCUGGAUCAAAGAAAUUUUUGGAAAAGAUGAACGAUAGCAAUGAUGAUAGCAGCACCAAGGACAAUAUUAUUGGACAAUUUGGUGUUGGUUUUUACUCUACGUUUAUGGUAGGAAGUAAGAUCAAAGUCUAUACCAAAUCAGCCAUACCUGGAUCGAAGGGCUAUUGUUGGACAACGGAUGGUCAAGGAUCUUAUACUGUAGCUGAAGCGGAUCAUGUCUCUGUUGGCACAAAAAUUGUCAUUGAACUUCGUGAUGAUUGUAAAUCAUAUGCGUCACAACUUGAAGUCGAUUCUAUCAUCAAAAAAUAUUCAAACUUCGUUGGUUUCCCUAUCUACUUGAAUGAACAAAAAGUGAACACCGUGGACGCUUUAUGGACGAAAGAUCGUAACAGUAUAACUCCAGAGCAACACAAAGAAUUCUAUCGCUUCAUCGCCAACGCUUGGGAUGAUCCUCAAUUCACUUUACACUUCAAGACCGAUUCACCCAUUUCCAUCUCUUCCAUACUUUAUGUCCCUGAAAGACAUAUGGAAGUUUUGGGCGAACCGAUCAAACCCGGUGUUUCUCUUUACAGUAGGAAGGUCCUUAUUCAGCCUAAUUCGGCAGGCAUUCUACCUCCUUAUUUGAGAUUUAUCAAAGGCGUCGUUGACUCAGAAGAUAUUCCGCUCAACGUGUCCCGUGAAUUACUGCAAGACAACAUAUUAUCCCGUCUUCGACAAGUCAUGGCGUCGAAAGCAUUGAAGUGGCUCGAUACAGAAGCGAAAAAGGACCCAAAAAAAUAUAAUGAGUUUUUCAUGGAGUUUGGCCAGUUUUUAAAAGAGGGCGCCUGUACAGAUGCCAUGCACAAACGCGAAAUUAGCAAAUUACUGCGUUUCGAAAGCUCCAAAACCAAAGCUAGCAGUACGGAAGAUAUGAUAUCUUUGGACGAUUAUGUGAACCGACGUAAAAACAAGGACCAAAAGCGUAUUUAUUAUUUAUUGACACCUAAGCGUAGAUAUGCUGAGGAAAGUCCCUACACGGAAAUAUUUACAAAGAAGGAUAUUGAAGUUUUGUAUUUAUAUGAAACGGUGGAUGAAUUUGUGGUGAACCAUUUGAAGACAUUCCAGGACUAUGAUUUUGUAGCAGUCGAUUCUCCCGAGGCAGCAUCUGAUCCUUUGUUAGUGAAGGCAUCUUCAGAACAGCAAAAUGAUGAUUUGUCAGACAUUGAUGCCAAUGACUUGGCCCUUUGGAUACAAAACAGUUUGGGCCCUAGCGUUGUAAAAGGUGUUAAUGUAUCUCGCAGAUUGUCUAGCUUCCCUGCGGUUGUCUUGGAACAUGAAAGCCCUGCUAUGAAAAAAAUGAUGGAAAUGAUGCAAGGAUCUGCACGAAUGGAUACUAUGCCUCCGUCACCCACACGUUUAGAAAUCAAUCCUGAUCAUCCGGUGAUGAAGGGUAUCAAUAAGCUUCGUCAAGAUAAUCCUGAUUUGGCCAAAAUGGUCGCUGAGCAGAUUUAUGAUAAUGCACUGUGUGCUGCUGGCGUUUUAGACGAUCCACGAUCUAUGAUAACUAGAUUAAACAAGCUGCUAGAAAUCACUGUAAACCAAGCUGCUGAGCAAGAUAAAAAGGUCAAAGUGUGAAGCGACUAGACUCGUAUAGUUCUUUGUCCAGUUUAUUAAUUUAUUUGUGUCACAAGAACAAGCUUGAUAUUGUAAAUAUAACAAUAAAUAAAGAACAAACUUGUCUAAAACAUUUAUGUAAAUGCCAUAAUGUCAUAGUGAAUUGUUUUAAUUCUUGGAAUAUGCAUAAGGUUGAA